AUGGCGGCCACAACCGAAGGCAAAGUCAAUUUAAAGCUCCUAGUUAACGUGAAAUGCCAAAGGGUUUUAUUUGCCGAAGCAAACAAAGACUUCAUUGAUUUCCUUUUCAACAUGAUGGCAUUGCCUAUUGGCACUAUCGUAAGGCUUCGUAACAAAGAAGGCAUGGUGGGUUCACUUAGUAAGCUUUAUAAAAGCAUUGAAGAGUCAAGCCAUGUGCAUAUGCAACAGCCAUUUCAAACCAAGGAAGCAUUGUUGAACCCCGAAGUUUUAGCCCACUCUGGUACAAAGGCUUUUACAGGUGUCAAUGAUAUUAGACCUGGCUUUGGCCCUUCUCCCUGUCCCUCUUACAUUGCAGAGGAUCCUGAGGCUGUUUGUCCUAACUGUCGUUCUAAGAUGAGUCACCAGGCAAAACUUGUUAAGACAAACCAGAAAACAUGUUCUAAUUCGUUGUCCUCAUCAUCAAGUUCAUCAAAUGAAGAAGGCGAGGGAGGGUAUGUGAAAGGGGUUGUUACAUAUAUGGUAAAGGAUGAUCUUAUGGAGAAGCCAAUGUCAACCAUUUCUAGUUUAGCUUUGCUUAAUAGUUUUAAUGUCAAAGAUAUUGAGGCACUCCAAGAGAAAACUAUCAAAAUCGGCAUGGAUGAGGCUAUGAAAUUGUUGAAGGCAUUGUUGCUGUCGAAGACUGUGCUUACUGAUAUAUUCUACGGAGAGAAGGCACAUUAUGUGUAA